UUCCUCGUGCUCAUUGAGUACGAAGAUAGUGAAACAAAUGUCUCCUGUGCGUGGUCUGCAAAUUCACCUUAAACACAUUUAUAGAAAUUUCAAGUGUAUUGUAAUAAUCUGAAUCUAAGUUUAAGGUUCCAUGUAUCGUAUUGCACUUUUCGUGUCGCAUUAAGUCACGCAAACUCGCGUAAAUUAUACCAAACGCGUUAACGAGAUGUACCGCCUAGUUCUAUCGGCAAGUACUGCUACCGUGUUGUUGGUUGAGGUUACGGGAACUCCCAGGACCGUCAGGUAGAGUAGGUUCCUAAAGGUGGUGAAAGCAAAAUUGCUGUGGUGUUAGCGAAAACAGAAUUUCAAGCCCGUAUUCCUUCGUGUAGCCGCAUAUCACACGAGCCUACUUACAGUCGUUUUUGACGAUACAAUUUUGAGUGAAGCAGUUGUAUUUUACUGCUCACAAUCUGGUUUUUGUCUUAGUUUAAAGUUUACAGGACAAAAACGAAGAAACAGAGCUUAAUUGACAAAAUUCAAGUUGAAAGGACUACGGUAGCAGGAUUUUCAUUAUUUUUUUAAAGCAUAUAUUCUCUUAAUCAUUUACUUAAACCCUACUCGUGCAUUUAAGACAGAAUGACGGCAUUUUCAAAGUCUAGAUUCACGUUUGAUGUUUUAAAACAGCUUCCUUAUGAGUGUGACAGUCGGUCAGAACAGCUCUCGAAGCUUGAAUUCAUUUUGUCCAAACUGUACGGUGCCCUUACGGUCUGCAGUUGGGCCAGCAUUGCCAAAUGGGACAGUGAGCUUGAGAAAUGGCUCCAGUUGGAGUACAGACUGCCCAGAAAGGCGCAUACGACGCUUGUUAGUAUCUACUAUGAACUGGCAAUUACUUUAAACCUCCCUGAAUGGGUUGAUAGAAAAGCCACAGAUCGUUUUAGAGAGUUAUUGGACCUUCCUUCGUGUCCGGAUGAGAGUUGCAAUGGCAAUGUCUGUACCCAUCCUAUCGACAAGCGUUAUCUUACGGUAGCUGACUUGCAAUUGGAUUGGCGUCUGGCCUUUGGGCUUAUGGAGAAGCAACUUCAUCCUCUCGAACAGUAUUCCGCAACCAUCACACCUAGCUACUCAUUUGAUGCGGAGUUGGUUCAUGCGGCGAAUGCAUUCUUUCCGGCAGAAGAGACGAAGAACGUGCUGGAUGAAGUGCUUCCUCUGUUUUCCUCUUCCCACUCUGCAGAUGCGUUUGUCGCUAUCGGUGUGCUCUCGUUCUUACUCCCCACUUCCCCUUCCUCUUCAGAGGAUCCGAGCUUGAAUCCGCAGACAUGGCUCCCUACCAUUUUCCAUCUGUACAAUAUGUCUACGAGAAGCACCGUUGCCGAUACUAUGUUCUUCGAUAUUUUUGCUCGCCUGGCUGCCAGCGGUCUCAGCGAAAAUUCUAAAUAUCAAUUCUCCGAGUACGGCGUGUUUACUCCGGAACAGGCGCGAGCUUUGUUUCACUAUGGUCUUCGCCUAUUCGAUGUUGACAUUCCUAAUGGAAUGACCUUUUUUUCGAACUCAGAGCAGUAUACAGUAAUGUCCAUGUUCAAUGCUGCAAGUUCUGACGCAGUUUCUCGGUUCGCUGAAUGGAUUGUGUGUUCAUUAAGUUCGAAAUGUGAAGAAACAGGAGACAGUAUUCUCACUAUGUUGAGUGAGCUCUUUUCCUUGAUUUUACAGUAUUACCACCCAUCGGUCAGUGGUUCUAGCAAUGAAAUGCUGUACCAAUUUAUUGCUGAACUAUCGCAGCGCUUUUUGAAACGUUGGACAUACGAAAAUGACGAACAAGUUUCCAUUCCGAAGGAAAAACGUUUGACAGAAGCUAUAAAAAAGGAGUUCGUUGCGAUAUUAAAACCAUCAGUAUUUUUUGGUAUUUAUUCAAGGACCCGUUACUUACGUGAAAUGGCACAGGUAUCCCUCUGGGCGCUCGCCAUUCUUGAACCUGACGUUAUUGUGCCAUCUAUGUUGAAAAGGAUUUAUCCAGCGUUGCAAUCAUUACUCGAAACACACCGUACCCUUGUUUCAUUGGAGUCGCUUAUUUCGUUGGCUCAAGUCAUUGCUUCGACGAAACGUUAUCAGCCCCAUAUUCUCCCGCUUUUGGAACUCAUUCUUCCCGGAAUUGACCCUAACGAUUGCGACAAAACAAAAUUGGCCUUACAAUUUGUGGCCAUCAUUUCCCAUUGUGUAUCGUUUCACAAUAUUGAUGAAUAUGCUGACCCUAACCUGUUCCUUCAUUGGUUUCAAAUGGAAAUGGCUAAGUUGGAGCAGAUGAAAUUUGACAAUCCUGCAUCAGACAAUGAACUUGAUGAGGGUGAUGUUGAUUAUGACAAAAUUAUGGCUAGUGCUAUGACUAGUUUCUGCGACUGGCUGCUUGCUUUUGAGGGACGCGUGUUUACACUUCUUGAGAACUUUCCGGAUGGCGACAAUAAGGAGUCUAUUGAAAAGUACCUCUCAAUGACCAUGGAGCCGCUGUUGGAUUCUCUGAGUGAUGAGUGGCUUGAUCUGGCUCUCUCAAAGGUUUGCCAUUUUAUUUCAACGAACGUUGUCUAUCAGUCAAUUGAUGCCAUAAACAAGGUUUGUGCGGCGUUUAUGUGUACUGCGCCCGAGAAAACUUGGAAGACUCUGUAUCCCAUUCUCUUUGCCAACAUUUUUUCGGAAAUUGACGAGAAUAAGGCAGGACUAUCUCGAGGUAGCAACUCAAAUGAGAUUUUGCCUCGCGACCGUAUGUUGGUUUGGAAUCUUAGUAUUCUUCGUGCCGUUAUUGGCUCCAAUGGAAAAUAUUUCAUCGGAAAAGAGGAUGAAUUAACACAGCUGCUCGACAAGCUUCUUCUUUGUCGGGGUUUCACGGGAUCCUUGACAUCGUCGUUCGUCCUUCAAUUGGUAUUUCUUUUGAUUUCUGUGUACCCUGCCGCCUCUCCAGAACGACUACGACUCAAACCGGAAAAAUGGGGGAGACCUUGUGAUUCGGAGUCGUUCAAAAUGUGCUGGAACAUGCCUUCUAAGCAAGAGAUUGAACUGGCUAUUUUCCUUUGCAACCGUUACAUGACAUUGUGUAUGGAUCGCCUGCAAGAAUUGGUCAUUACUAACAGGCCACACACCGCAACAAUUGAAUGGAUUGAUGAAGUUUGCACAUAUUUUGAAUGGUUAAACUCUUUAACUUCAGCAUCAGCGGAAAUGUAUCGGGUACCCGACGAAGAGUUUGUUCCGGAGUCUAAGCAUGAUGAAUACAACACCUAUACUGUCGAUUAUCAAUAUGUACGUUCAGCGGUCCGCAGUCGCUGGAACUUGGCUUCUCAACAAAGUUCUAUCAUGAGUGCUUUACGGGAACGUUUAGGUUCACUAUUGAUUGAACUUCACAAUGUUAUUUUCGACUCCGUCGAUUAUGAUGUUUGUUUAUUGGCAAAUUUGGUCACUUGCGAAAAAUCCUUUUUGUUGGAUUAUGAGUAUCCGGAGUCUUUACGGCUUUUUGAGAAUAUAACAUUCCGUUAUAAUCUGUUGGCUUCGUAUUUUUCCUUUAAACCGCAAAAACAACCUUUUAACGCGACACUUCUGGGUACGAGAAUUUAUUCGGUCUUCCUUAACCAUCUUCGCUUGUCGUACGUGACACGAAUUCCUACUGCAAACGAAAAAACAAUAUUAAAACAGCUCAUCAAACCUUGUUGUUCGCAAUAUGCUGUUAUACGUCUUGCUGCUCAAGCUUCUCUGGCAUCUUGUGUCGUUCUUUUCCGUGACACACGAUUGGAGAUUUUCCAAUCUUUGGUGGACAUUCUAAAUAAAGCCGAGGAUGUUGAUGUGCUCGAAGGGUCGAUUGGUGCUUUAGUUAUAAGCCCUUCGUUGUUUAAUAUGGUAAAACGACAAUGGGUUUUCUUGUCCCCAUUACUUCAUAUUAUUAUUCGGUUACAACGUUUCGAUAAACCCAUACUACAAACCAUUGCUUCGCGAGUUUUUGAGAAUGUUAUCACAAGCAUAUGCUAUGAAACUUUCUUUCCCGUUUAUGAACAUCGCUACGUCCCUAAAAUUACUUCACCAGCUGAGAUUGAAGAAUUAAACAAAUUAUCUGCUGCAUUGAAAGAACAAAGGCAAAGAGACCAAGAGGCGGCUCUUAAGACUCGAGAUGCGUUUGUGGAAAUACUUCCUGGUGCUCAUUGGAAAAUUCAGGAGCUUAUCACACAUGCGUUUUAUUCUUCGUUUGCCAAUUUCUUUAUUCCGCCAACGCCAAAAGUGUUAGAGUUAAUGGGCGAGGGAACUAUCUCUUCACAUCCGACCAUUAGAACCAACAGUUUUGCUGGAUUUGUUGAAGUUAUGUAUUAUAUAUGGGAAGUGUCUCUCUCUAAGGGUAAUACAAAAGAUUUAUUGUGUCAAAACAUUCGUCUUCCCAAUGAGAUAACGUUGAAGAGGAAUUCUGAAAAUGUUGAAGCAAUGAAACGGGCUAUUUUCGAUUUUCGAAGCUGUCGGAAAUCGUACUGUGUACUAUCAACUUACCCCGGUUGGCUUGUCUUACCUGAUCAUUUGGAUGUUCUCGAGCGUACUUGUAGUGAUCAGAUAGACUUUUCGGCUGUGCAAGACCUUGUUGAUACAGCUGUCAAAGUUAUCAACGAAUCUUGGCUUCAAAAGCUGCUUAGUUACCUGGUUCAAGAACCUCGUGUCGGUACUGAUGCUGAUGAUUCUUCUGCCAGAGGAAAAUGGAGAAUUAACGUUGUCUAUAUUUGGGAAGCAAUUUUCAAGCUUCUUUUUAGCACGAAGUCCUAUGUUUCCACAAACUUUUUACAUAAACAGGUUGAGACUUUAUGCUCAUCUUCUGAUCGCUUUUGUAACAGAGCUGGCACUGAACUGCUUACUGGCAUCAUAUUGAGUUUACCACGAUGCAAAAAGGAAAUUGCCGAAAAACAUUGGAAUUGGAUCGUUCCUCUUGUAACUGCUUUAUUGCAGACAGGUCUUUCUUCGGAGAAUUUGGGUUUCUGGUCUUUACUUAUACAAACUGUCUUCAUGGAUUCCGAUCCUACUCUUUAUUGGCCAUUGUAUCAUUUAUUGGUUAAUUUGCAUCUUAAUGUAACAUUUAAGCACGUUUUUUGGGACAGUGCAAGACUUAAGUUAAUGAGGAAGCUAGUCGAAACAUUAGGUUGGCAUUUUCAAUUUGAGCAGCCUUUAUAUGAUUUAUUGCUUUCAAACUUACAACAACCAUAUGAAAAGUAUAGAAAGGAAAUCGGGUCUUUGUUGGCUGAGCUCGAAAAUGCACAAAUUCAUGAAUCCUACGAAUCCGUUGACGCUUUACUAAAGGCGAAUUCUACAGAAGGCCCUCUUGGUGCAUUCUUUGGAAAAAACCCAACUACAAAACUUACUGUAUUGAUAAAAGCAUACGAAAAACUCGAACUUCUGCGAAUUGAAGCGAAAGACAGUUCAGACCGCAAGACUUAUGUAAAUUACGCGAGUACGAUGGCUCGCUGGACCGAAAAACUACUCAUGUCCCCUUGCGGUUUUAUUGUCUUGCCUAUCGUUCCCGGUACGGUAUUACCAGCUGUACUCCAUAUGUUGGAUGCCAAGGAUGAUGACGAUUUACAAAAUGCAGCAGCUUUCCUAUUACAACUUCUAGGAAAUCUUACUUACCCAACUACAACUGUCGAUGAAUUCUGUGAUGCGUGCCUAGCAACUAUGAAAAAUCAGGAUUCGUGGCAUCACCGCUUACAUAUUCUUGCCGCUCUUCUUCCGUUUAUGUUCCGUCAUUCGUUUAUUGCGAGCAAGGAAAUAAAGUUAUCUGUUUUAGAGGCGCUUGUUACUAUGCUUGAUGAUACACAGCUUGAAGUUCGAGAGGGCGCGGCUGUUUCUAUGGCUAUGCUGGUUCAUUGCUUCACAAAGUCACGCCUUGAUAUUAUUCUCAACUUGCGCAAGAGAUUCCUUGAGGUGCUUGAUACCACGCUGUCGCCUAUCUCCAAGCUUGCAAAGGCAUUGGUACAGGACGAAUAUAACGAACUGAUUGCUCAAAGACAUGCCGCAGUUUUGGGGCUUUCGGCAUUAGUUAAUUCUAUAUCAUUUGAUAUGCCCCCAGACUGGAUGAAGCCUAUUCUAUUGCGUUUAACUGCAAUAACAAAUCAUCCUCAUCCUAUUGGCGCUAGCGCUAAAAAGACCAUAACUGACUUCAGAAAAUCACGUUCAGAUGUUUGGCAGUUCAUGGACAGCUACUUCACAAGAGAGGAGCUUGAUGAGCUUAGAGGUGUAUCAUCUCAUUCGUAUUUUGCAUAGACAAUAAAGAAUGAGAUUUGAAUAAGAUUAAAAACCUACAUUAAGUAUCUAGAUAUAUAUACUCAAGGACCUUCGCGCUUCAUUCGUUGAAUGCCUUCUC